AUGGCGAUAGGAAGUAUAUGCCAAGAAUUCAACAGCACUUGGGCUUGGGAGAUGGAAAAAAAAGGAUACCUAGAAAUGAGUGUUGAAUGCAAACUGGGGAUUCUGAAGUAUCUCUGUGAAUGUCAGUUUGAUGACAAUCUAAAGUUUAAGAAUAUAAUUAACGAGGAGGAUGCCGAUGCUAUGCGCCUUCAGCCCAUUGGUCGAGACAAGGAUGGACUGAUGUAUUGGUAUCAGCUGGAUCAAGAGCAUAAUGUCAGGAUGUACAUAGAAGAACAGGAUGACCAGGAUGGAUCCACGUGGAAGUGCAUUGUUAGGAACCGCAAUGAGCUUGCUGAGACCCUUGAGCUCUUGAAAGCACAAAUUGAUCCUGCCCUGUUGAAAAACAACCAUGCUCAGCAGGAGAAUUCAUCACGUGAAAGCCCGAGCAUAGAAGAUGAAGACACCAAAAAGGGUGAAGAAGCAUCUGCACAAGAAAAUCAAUUAAAAAUCAAAGAAGAAAAAGAGGAGGUGGAGGAACAGUCAACGGAAUUGGAAAGCCUUCCUCUUCCCGUGGUCAAAGAAGACGAAAAUACGCUGAAAACUGAGAAGGUGGAAGAAAAAGAAAUUAUAAAGCUGCCAGUAAUAGUAAAAUUAGAGAAACCUUCAGAAUACAAUGAAGAAAAGCAAACUGUCAAAGAAGAAAGUGACUCCUUUAAAGAAAACGUCAAGCCUGUUAAAGUAGAGGUGAAGGAAAACAAAAUAGAACCAAAAGACUUAAAAGAAGUAAAAAGUUGUACGGACAAAAUAGCAGUUCAUGAGCCAGAGAGGUUAGAAUUUUGUGUUAAUGUCAAAACUCCCCAAGAAAUUGUGGAGAAAUCUGUGGAAGAAAGUGAGAAACUUAAAAAUGACCAGCAGGCAAAAAUACCACUUAAAAAGCGCGAGAUCAAGCUGACGGAUGACUAUGACAGUCCAAUAAAGGGGCCUCUAUGUAAAUGUGUUACUCCAACAAAGGAUGUCUUGAAGGAAGAAGGGAAACCAGAAGAAGAAGCUUUUAAGAGAGUGCCUACAAUUACUGCUUUAUGUCCCGAUGGGAAAGUGCUAGUAAAUGGAGAGGUUAGCUGUGAAAAAAUAUCCCCAGGUGUCAUACAAAACAGUAAGUCGGAACAUUCUGCUGGCACAAAGGAAGACAGCAGCUCAUUAAAAGAGAAAAAUGGAAAAAGUGGGGAAAAGGUGUCAGACUCCCUAAAUUCCGUUAGUAAAAUUAUAAAAGCCUGCGAGGUUGAGAAAAACGCAGUAACUGUGGUGAAGGAAACGGGGGCUGUGGUCUCUGAGGUUUCUAAUCAGAAAGUGCCUUUAAAGGAGGAAUCUAGUCCUGUGGAAAAAGAGUCCCUUGACAGCACAACCACUGACACUGUAGUGGAAGAGUCUGCAAACUCUGAAGACUGUGCCAAAACAUCUGAGGAGAAACUAGCCGUGAAAAUCAAAAAGGACAAGCUGCCGCCGCCCAAAGAAUGUUUAGAGAAGCCCGCAAACACAUCUGCUCCUGCAGAACUGCCCAAGCUUGCACUGUCUGACGAAGAGCCUUUGAAAAGUAAAGGUGACUCUGAGGAGAAACCCGAUUCUCCAAAAGCUGCUGAGAUACCCCCUGCAUCUACUUCUCCUGUUACUUUAGAGAAACCUGUUUUGGAAAAGGAGGGCUCUGACAGUAAAACGGCUCCACCUGAGGAGGGCAACGUAGAAGAAAAAUCCAGCCCUGAAAAACGAGAGGGAGAGCCAGAAGCUGCCAAGACAGAGCCAGAUAGGUUAGAUGAUGCCCAUGCUUCUAAUCUAGAGGACUCCUCAGACAGUAAAAAGGAAUCCCCAGUACCUAAAAGCAAAUUUAAAUAUAAGCUAGUUUCUGAAGAAGAAAGCUGUGCAACAGACAAUAAAGAACUAACUUCUGAAAGACAGAAAGAAGGAAUUAAAUUAACAAUCAGGAUCUCCAGUCGGAAGAGAAAGACAGAAACACCACCAGAAGAGGUCAGCAUUGGCCGCACGUUAAGGCGAUCUCCAAGAAUAUCCAAGCCUACUCCAAAAGUUGUGGAGACUCGGGAUCAGAAACCUGAGAAAAAACGACCUGAAGAGGAAGAGGAGAAACCUGCAGCAGCACAAAAACCAGAACGAAAAGAAGAUGCAAAAAAACAAGAGAAGGAGUCAAAUUCUAAGGUUAACAAG